AUGUGCCACUUUCGGGUCUCCUCACACUGCUGCCAGGUCCAUACUGAUUCAUGGCCCCCUGCCUCUGUAUGGCCUUCAAUUUAAGCUGCUUACACUUCGCCACUCUGCCAUGGGCCCCUGUACCGCCUCCUCUUGCUGCUGCCAGGUCCAGAGUGUGUUAUGGGUCCCUGUACGGCCUCCCAUUGCUGCUGACUUCAUCGCCAGACUCUGCCAUGUGCCACUUUCAGGUCUCCUUACACUGUUGGUGGGUUCCAUUUUGUGAUAGGGUGCUGUAUGGCCUUCCAUUGCUGCUGCCUCCACCGCCACCCUGCGCCAUGUGCCUC